AGCGCAUCCUUGGAGGUUUGCACGAAACAUGACCGACAGGGAACGCGAUCACGUCUCCGUUUUAAGUCAGAAGACUGCCGGUUUCUCCAUUUGUUUUUUUCUUGAGGACAUAACUCAUAUGACAAAAGAAGCUGGCGUCGGUGCUGGUGCUGACAGACCGUCAUCAGCCGCACCGUGAGGCGAGGUCAUCGCGCGCCACGGUGGUAUCUGUUUAUGAAGACCACAUGACCUAAUGUGCCAUGAUCCCAGUGUGAAACUCUGACUCAUCUUCACUGAAGCUCACCAGGCCACCGGGACAAGCAGCAAUCAAUCUUCUCUCCAUCCAUCACCCAGACGUCAGAGAGGAUGUGAGUGAGAGUUGGGCUGAGGGUAGAAAACCCCAAGUAAGUCCAACCAGGACACGAACUAGGAGCACAUGGUUGCUAUGGACUGACAGGUCAACUGAUACCAGAUCUCACUGGCUUUGCUUGGAAGUUGACAAUGGUGUUGUUUCUGAUUGGGACCUCUAUAGCCUUGAAUAAUUCUUCACAUGAGAACCAAACAGCAGAAAACCCCACCCAUCAGGGUGCUCAUGUGUUGCCCUCAACACUGGUCAUAUCCCUGCUUCUUAUCAUUGUUGUCCUUCUGACUAUCUACUGUCUAAGGUUCAAAAACCACAGGAAGGCUCUAGUUACCUCAGUGGAUAAGAAGAUUCCAAAUGGCUUCUUGGAAGAACAAGGAGAGCAGACAGUGGUCCUCCUCCCCAGAUCUCCCUCUCCAUCCAAGAGGUACUUCCCCAUCCCUCUCGACUCUCUGGAGGACGAGUACCGGAUACGCUCCGCGGACGAUGGCAAGCUCUUCAGAGAAGAGUUCAAUUCGCUGCCAUGUUACUACCACCACGGGUCCUUUGAGGAGGCAAGCAGAGAGCACAACAGAGAGAAAAACAGAUACCCCAACAUUUUACCAUACGACCAUUCAAGAGUGGUGCUAAGUCACACAGACGGACAUUUGUGCUCAGACUACAUAAAUGCAUCUUACAUAGAUGGCUACAAAGAGAAGAACAGAUUCAUCGCAGCUCAAGGCCCAAAGCCUGAGACAGUUGCAGACUUCUGGCGGAUGAUUUGGGAGCAGAAGACAGCUACCAUAGUAAUGCUGACUAAUCUGAAAGAAAGGAAAGAGGACAAAUGUUAUCAGUAUUGGCCUGAUCAAGGCUGUUGGAUGUACGGGAACAUCAGGGUGGCAAUGGAGGACUUCACCGUUCUGGUGGACUACACCAUCAGAAAAUUCUGUAUACAAUAUCAGGCUAGCGACGGUCCCCGAGCUCCCCGGCUGGUCACCCAGCUUCACUUCACCAGCUGGCCAGACUUCGGGGUGCCAUUCUCACCCAUUGGCAUGCUGAAAUUCCUCAAGAAGGUCAAGACAGUCAACCCAUCCUAUGCUGGACCCAUUGUUGUGCACUGCAGUGCCGGGGUUGGGAGGACUGGGACGUUCAUUGUCAUCGACGGCAUGAUCGACAUGAUGCACAUGGAGCAGAGGGUGGAUGUCUUCGGCUUUGUGACCAGAAUACGAGAGCAGCGCUGUCAACUCAUCCAGACAGAUAUGCAGUACUCCUUCAUCUACCAGGCUCUGUUGGAGUACUAUCUGUACGGAGACACAGAGCUAGACGUGUGCUCUCUGGAGGGCCAUCUGCAGAGGCUCCAUAACACCAGGGCUCCCCACGACAGGCUGGGCCUGGAGGAGGAGUUCAGGAAGCUGACCAACGUGCGCAUAAUGAAGGAGAACAUGAGAACUGGAAACCUUCCUGCCAACAUGAAGAAGAACCGAGUGCUUCAGAUCAUUCCGUAUGAUUUCAACCGAGUAAUACUCUCAGUGAAAAGAGGACAGGAGUUCACUGACUACAUCAAUGCAUCCUUUAUUGAUGGCUACAGGCAGAAGGACUAUUUUAUCGCGACCCAGGGCCCCCUGUCUCACACAGUGGAGGACUUCUGGAGGAUGGUGUGGGAGUGGAGGUGUCAUUCAAUCGUUAUGCUCACCGAACUCAAAGAAAGAGAGCAGGAAAAGUGUUUCCAGUACUGGCCAUCAGAGGGCAGUGUAACAUUUGGAGAUUACACUUUGGAGCUGACUGGAGAUACACAGUGUGACACCUUUACUUUGAAAGACUUGGUGCUCACCUACAGACCAGAAAAGCAGUCACAACACGUUCGGCACUUCCACUUCCACGGAUGGCCUGAGAUCGGAAUACCAGCCGAGGGAAGAGGGAUGAUUGACAUUAUUGCUGCUGUGCAGAGGCAGCAGCAACAGUCUGGAAAUCAUCCCAUAAUUGUGCACUGCAGUGCCGGUGCGGGUCGUACUGGCACCUUCAUCGCCCUCAGUAACAUUUUGGAGCGGGUGAAAGCUGAAGGCCUCCUGGACGUUUUUCAGACCGUCAAGAGUUUACGCAUGCAGAGACCACAUAUGGUUCAGACUGUGGAGCAAUAUGACUUCUGCUACAGAGUGGUUCAAGAUUUUGUUGACAUUUUCUCAGACUACGCCAAUUUUAAAUAAUACCCGUCAGAUAUUGUACCAUAUAGCCCUGUCAAAUUAACUUAUGCAAUUUUUUCUGAAUGUUAUUUUCUAAAGCAAGCUCUUUUUACAUUUUGCACUCGAUUACAGAUCUAAAAUUCAUUGUACCAUACUGUAAUAUAACUGAACACUGUACGUCUCCUUUGCUCAAAGAGAGCCUGUCUCUUUCAAGAAUGCUUGUGUGAGUGUGAUCUCCAAGUGCUCCAAUGUAAAAUAUACAAAUAAUAAUAGUUUAGUAAAUAUGGAGGUGGGCUCAUGGAUAUGUGAAAAGCAUAGCUAUGUUUUCUUGCAUAGUCCAACACUCUGAAGGUGAAUGGAAAGUGUUUAUUUAGGGGAAAAAAUCAAAAAUUGUAUUCCAACUUUAUCUAUAUAAAUUAUGUAUACAGUAUGUAUUGCUCACUUCAUACAUAUAGCAAAUCAUAGUUAUUUAUGUGUUGUAUAGUACAUGCAUUUUCUCUAUUUAUGCUUUAUUUUGUUAAUGACUAUACAAUGCCUUUGGUAAACAUUGGUCUUGUACUUUAUGCUGCCUACUUAACAUGAUUUUUGAUUGCUAUGGAGUGCAAGUAGUAUGUUAAACUAAAGUAAUGCUUAUGUUAAAAUGAUGUGUGACAUGUAUGAAAUAGUAUUUAUGAUCUACUUUUAGCUCAAGUAAAAAAGAUAAAAACUUAAGAUAUGUUUCAUUACAUUUGACGCUGCAAAUUACCUCACAUCUGUCUAGCGUUCAGUGAAUAACUUAACAGCUGCUGCCUGUUGCAGUUUUAUUCAACUUCACUAACUUUCUUUUUUGCCUUUGGCAGUAUCACUUAGUGGAUUGGUGCCAGACACCGUAAAAUGCAAUUAGCCCACACUGCAACAAUAAUAUAUUAGUAUAUUCAUCUUUACACAUCAUUUUUUACAAAUUGUUUUGCAGUCUAGCAUCAUAUCUUUCUGCUUUAGACAACUUUUUGUACACUGAAUUUACAAAUGCAUGUUUUCAUAAAGCAGUGCCAUUUUGAUUAGAAAGACACUUCUAAUCAUGAAAAAACUUGUCACCAAGUGACACAAUUUUAAUAGAUAUAAGCCAGAUGCUUAUUUUAUUUUAAAGUUAGAGGUAAAGGAUAUUUGUUUUCUGAAUGUUGGUAAUAUGAAUCCUCAUUUCAUUAUUUGUAAGGACACUUUUCAAAUACUCUCUAAUGACAAUAGCUGUAACGCAGCAUUAGACUGUUGCAGUUGAGCUUGUAACCGGUGGUGAAAUUAAACACUGUCAGAAAAAUCUGGAUUUCACAGAAGAGCUGAUAAUUGGUACAGAUGAACCUUGUUCAUCCAAAUCCCCUGGGAUCUCAGAUCAUUCAGAAGACAAACAGUUUUGGGACAUUGAAAAGCAUUUAUAUUAAGAACCAAUGCUUGGUCAACAUACAUAUGCAUGCAUUUUGAAAUAAUUGGACUAUAUUUUUAGUUUCAUAUUUAAAUAAGGAAAUUCCUGAAUUUCUGAAGAAUCAAAUGCAUAUAUAUUUUUGCAAGGCUUCUGUUUGCUUCUUGUUAAAAUGCUGAAUUUGGAAGUGUUACGCUUGGAUAAAUAUCAUUUCUACCAUAUGUGUGCAUCCCCAUUAUUAUAAUUUCUUCAAAUUGAUAUGUAUAGGGAUUGCUGUUCAUUUUUGGUUAAUUUAUUGUACAUAAAUUCUUAUUUUGGACAUUAACCAUCACUGCUGUUCGCUGUAGUAUUGACCUCGUUUCAAAACUAGCUUUUCAAACACAUAAUUGUGCAGUAAUAAGUACUUAAUAAGUUCCAUGAUGAAAGUAUAAGAAAUAGGGAAUAUGACAGGGAGGCCUUGCAGCUGACGUAACAUUAUAAUGCACACGCAUCUUGUUUCAAUGCUGUUUUUGCAUUUGGGAUUUGUAUGGACUUCAACUACUUGUUUG